GUGGUGGUUAAGACCCGAGUUCCUCCAGCUCCUACCUAUUUUCUGCUGAGCAGGAACGCAAGGAUGGUGGAUGCUUUUUGUGCCACCUGGAAGCUGACGGACAGUCAGAAUUUUGAUGAGUACAUGAAAGCUCUGGGCGUGGGGUUUGCCACCAGGCAAGUGGGAAAUGUGACCAAGCCCACGGUGAUAAUCAGCCAGGAAGGCGGCAAAGUGAUCAUCAGGACCCAGUGCACAUUCAAGAACACAGAGAUCAGUUUCCAGCUGGGAGAAGAGUUUGAGGAAACGAGCAUAGAUGACAGGAAUUGUAAGUCUGUUGUUCGGUUGGAUGGAAACAAACUUAUUCAUGUUCAGAAAUGGGAUGGCAAACAAACAGAUUGUGUGAGAGAAAUUAAGGAUGGCAAAAUGAUUGUGACUCUUACCUUUGGCAAUGUUGUUGCUGUCCGCUAUUAUGAAAAGGCAUAGAAGAGAUGAUGGUUCUUUGGAAGUUCGAUUGGCUGUAGUCUCAGAGACAGCCAACUACUGCACCAAUGGUCACUCGUCAGACAUGAGACAGUUGUCUUUGAUGUGGAGGCAGAAAAUUAUAAUUUAAAGGUGUGUUACUCCAAGCAACUCGUAGAAAUUUUGAUAUGUGAAGUGACCCUCUUUUGCAAUUUGCUACAAUUUUUUAAUAACUUUUUAUAAAAAUGGAAUAUGCCUUAUGAUUUCCUUUGGAAAGGAAACCCAAGUGGAAUAAAAAGUAUACAUACUUACAAAAA